AUGGAUGUCAACCAGCCACCUCCGGGGGCCCAUCUGGGACCUCCGCUCUGGCAAGAGGCACGCAACGCAGAAGGCCGUCCGUAUUACUACAACAGGCAGACAAAUGCCGUCCAGUGGACAAAGCCCAGGGAGCUGAUGACCCCAGCUGAGGUCGAGCUCGACAACCUCCCCUGGAAGGAAUACACGUCGGACAAAGGCAAAAAAUACUGGGCCAACAUGGAGACCAAAGAGAGCACAUGGGACAUGCCCGACGUUUACAAAGCUGCUCUCGCUCAAGUGGAGGCCCAGGCCAAGGCCCAGGUCGCUCCGGCCCCUCCAGUUGCCGCCCCCGCUUUUGUGGCAGGCGGCACCAGCUCUUACCCCACUCCCGAAGCUAGACACCGAGCUCGCGACGACCAUGGCCGAGGCCACCAUGACCGAGGCUACCACGACCGUUAUCACGACCGCGGCCACCAUGACCGAGGCCACCAUGAUCGCGGCUACAACGACCGCCGCGGAUAUGGAGCUUCGGAGACCGGCGCCAUGGUGGGUGAACCCGCAGUGGAUACUGAAGUCCCUACUUUUUCAUCGGCCGAGGAGGCUGAGGCGGCCUUCAUGAAAAUGCUCAAGCGGCACGGGGUUAAGCCUGAUUGGACAUGGGAACAGACCUUGCAGGAAAUCUGUGAAGAACCGCUCUUCUUUGCCUUGAAAAGGCCACUCGACCGCAGGAACGCAUGGGAAAAAUUCGAGGCCGACGCUCGUGCACAUGCACAGGAACGGGAACAAGAGCGGUUCACUAAGCUCCGCUCCAAUUUCGCUACGAUGCUGAAACGGCAUCCCGAGAUUCAAUACUUCAGUCGCUGGAGAACGAUCCGCCCAAUCAUUGAAGGCGAGACCGCAUUCCGAGCCACCGACAAUGAGGAUGAGAGACGUCAGCUCUUCGAGGAGUACACCUCGGAUCUCUGGAAGGCGCAUGAAGAGAAGGAAGCUUCUAUGCGCGAUGAGGGAAUGAAAGUACUGGCGAACCAACUCAAAUCGCUGGUGAAAUCACCGCCUUUUCCUGACUGGAAGGCUGUCCCUGCGUGGGCGGUUGGACAAGAACUGAUUGCAUCUGAUGAAAAGCUUCAAAAUGAUCUCAGUUUCAAAUCUCUCCACAAGUGCGAUAUCCUGACGACCUGGGAAAAUCACAUCGACACCCUGGAGCGCGAGUUCAACAAGGCUCGCCAGGAGCAUAAAGAAAGGAAGUUGAUCAAAGAAAGCGCCCAUCGCGAGGCAUUCUGUGAGCUUCUGGAGGAGUUAAGAGACCAGGGCAAGAUUCAUGCCGCCACUCAUUGGGAAGACAUUUUCCCACUCAUCGAAAAGGAUUUUAGAUUCCUUGACGUGCUGGGUCAGAAAAGGAAACCCUUGGACUUUUUCUGGGAUCUGAUCAUCGAAGAGAAUGAAAAGCUACGGGCCGAUCGGCACAAGGUGGAUGACGCGAUUCAUGUAAGUUUUCACCAUAUGGAUACUGCUAUUCUCGUUUGCCAACAAGCCGCGCAGGACACACGCUUCGAUGUGACGCCCACCACUACUUAUGAUGAGUUUAGCAGCGCGAUGGCCACUCACCCGAAGGCUUCUCAGGUUAGCCCCGAAAUCCUUGGGUACAUCUUCCAGCGUCUCCAAGAGAAGGCAGCCCGUCGGAGUGAAGAGAAGGGUGCUACUAACCAACAAGACGCCAUCGAUGCACUUCGUUACCGUCUCCGACGUCUCAACCCUCAUGUGCGCUCGACCGACACCUGGGAAAUGGUCCGGCCUCGACUGGAGCAGUACGACGAAUACAAAGCUCUUGAAUCCGAUGAGCUCCGACUGAAGGCGUUUGAGAAGUUCAUUCGACAGCAAAAAGAAACGGAGGAUGAUGCUGAGAAAGACCACGACUCGCGUCAUCGGGACCGCCACCGCCGAGACUAUGACCGCGGUGAUCGCGACUACCGUAGCGGCCGAGGUGAACGACGUGGCGGAAGGGGUGCUAGUCGCACCCCGGAACAAGACGUCUACGAGGCCGAGCGUCGAAAGGCAGAUCGCGAGCGUUCCUCCCGCAACUUCAGCGGAUCGUCUCCGCACAGUGGCCGCCGUGAUGACCGCUACAGCGACCGAGAUCGUGACCGUCGCUCUCGCCGAGGCGGAGACGAGUCUGAGCGAGAGCGUCUUUACCGCACUCGCGGCGACCCUCGUGGCAGCCGCGAUGAACUUGACUACGGUGGUGAGAGUACGGCAAGCACAGACCGACGACGUAGACGCGGUAGUGACGCGACUAGUAUUGCCAGUCGGUCUGCAAAGCGUCCUCGCCGAGAGAGUGCGGAGCCGGAGCGUGAUGAGCGCAAGGAGGAGAAGGCUGUCCACUCGGGCAGCGAAGAAGGUGAAAUCGAGGAGGAGUAG